AAUGUGUUUUUGUGUGUGUGUGUGUGUGUUUCAGUUCUGGAAGUUUCAUUCUUCCCACUGUGUUUUUCUUACUAUAGGAACUGCGAUUUUGAUUUAGUUGUUUUGAGAUAAUUCUUCGUCGCAUAUAAGCUGUGUCACUGGAUCUACUUAGUUAUCUUUGAUUUUUGGUUCAGAUUAACCGCUAAAGUUACUGUUUCUGGUACUGCGUGCUCGGGAAAGACUGUUUACAAUAACUUUUCUGGAAACAGAGCUAACUCUGGUGCACAGGGGUCUUUUUCAGGAAGAUAAGCAAGGAUGAACCCUCCCAAAAUCAAGCGUCGAGUGGGUAAAUAUGAGGUGGGAAGGACGAUUGGUGAGGGAACUUUUGCAAAAGUGAAGUUCGCUAGGGAUUCUGAGACUGGGGAACCUGUGGCUCUCAAGAUUCUUGACAAAGAAAAAGUUGUUAAACAUAAAAUGGCUGAACAGAUAAAAAUGGAAAUAGCAACUAUGAAGUUGAUAAAGCAUCCAAAUGUCGUUCGCUUAUAUGAGGUUAUGGGGAGCAAGACCAAGAUAUUUAUCGUUUUGGAGUUCAUUACAGGGGGAGAGCUUUUUGAUAAAAUUGUGAACCAUGGACGAAUGCAUGAAGAUGAGGCCAGAAAAUAUUUUCAACAGCUCAUCAAUGCCGUUGACUAUUGCCAUAGUAGGGGUGUCUAUCAUAGAGAUCUAAAGCCGGAAAAUUUGCUUCUGGAUAUUUCAGGAAACCUCAAAGUUUCUGAUUUUGGAUUGAGUGCCCUUUCUCGACAAGUUAGGGAUGAUGGCUUGCUUCACACAACCUGCGGAACUCCAAAUUAUGUGGCUCCUGAGGUCUUGAAUGACAGAGGCUAUGAUGGGGCAACUGCAGAUUUAUGGUCGUGUGGAGUCAUACUUUUUGUAUUGCUUGCAGGUUACUUGCCAUUUGAUGAUUCUAAUCUUAUGAACCUAUACAAAAAAAUUUCAGCUGCUGAGUUCACUUGUCCUCCGUGGGUCUCCUUUAGUGCCAUAAAGUUGAUAACUCGCAUAUUAGAUCCCAACCCCAUGACGCGGAUCACGAUACCCGAGCUUUUGAAUGAUGAGUGGUUUAAAAAAGGUUAUAAACAACCAGAAUUCAUCGAGAAAGAAGAGACAAAUUUUGAUGAUGUGGAAGCUGCUUUUCGCGAUUCUGAAGAGUAUCAUGUGACAGAAAAGAAAGAAGAACUCCCAGCUGCCAUGAAUGCUUUUGAGUUGAUCUCUAUGUCCAAGGGGCUCAACCUUGGGAAUCUUUUUGAGCUUGAACAGGGAUUCAAAAGGGAGACAAGAUUCACAUCAAGAUGCUCAGCAAAUGAGAUAGUUAGUAAAAUCGAAGAAGCGGCACGACCUCUUGGUUUCGACGUGCACAAGAAAAACUACAAGUUAAGGCUUGAAAAUAUCAAAGCUGGGAGAAAGGGAAACCUCAAUGUUGCUACCGAGGUAUUUCAAGUAGCACCAUCACUUCACAUGGUUGAGGUACGGAAAGCAAAAGGAGACACUUUGGAGUUUCAUAAGUUCUACAAAAGACUUUCUAGUAGCCUUACUGAUGUCGUUUGGAAAACAGAAGAGGAUAUGCAAGAACCCAAGUAAAUUUAGGGCCUCCUGCUCUGCUUGUAUUUUAUUAUCGUUGCCCAUUUUUCGUGUUUUCAAAAUGAACCAUGCUGCAUAUUAUGUUUGUGUCAUCUGUUUGUAUCGUCGCAAAAGUUGUAGAUAGAAGACAUGUU